GGAACGUCCAGCGACCCAGCCUCCUGAGCUGCUGUCCCUGCAGCCCGGUGUGGCUGAGCGUUUGGCGCCUGGCGGCAGUGAUGACGCUCUGACCAACGGCCUGAAGCCGGACCUGCAGGCCGCCAAACGUCUCGCCAAACGCCUCUACAACCUGGAUGGAUUCAAGAAGUCUGAUGUUGCUCGAAACCUCAGCAAGAAUAACAACUUCACCCAGCUGGUGGCACAGGAAUACCUCAGUUACUUUAACUUCACGGGUCUGACCAUCGACCAGGCACUCAGGAGCUUUCUGAUGCAGUUCGCUCUGAUGGGAGAAACUCAGGAAAGAGAACGAGUCCUUGCACAUUUCUCUCAGAGAUACAGACAGUGUAAUCCCCAGACUCUGUCCACUGAAGACAGUGUCCACACUCUGACAUGUGCCAUCAUGUUGCUGAACACAGACCUUCAUGGAAAUAACGUGGGGAAGAGGAUGUCCUGCAGUCAGUUUAUCUCCAACCUGGAAGGACUCAACGAUGGAAAAGACUUUCCCAAAGAUCUGCUGAAGACUCUCUACAGCUCCAUCAAGAACGACAAACUGCAGUGGACCAUUGAUGAAGAAGAGUUAAGGAAGUCCGUGUCAGAGCUAGCUGAGGUUCGAACAGACUCCGCCUCCCACACCUUGAAGCGACUCGGGACUGGUGGAAACCCACUAGUGGGUGUGGCCCAGCAGGCUGACAGUGAGCUCUACAAAAGUGGUUUCCUGGUUCGUAAAGCCCACGCUGAUCCUGAUGGGAAGAGAA